GAAGGAAACGAUAAGAGAAUUAAAGUGGGAGUUGACAAAAAAAUCUGAGAUUUGAUCCCAUUUCUCUGCUUCACAGGAUGUUGAGAUAAAACUUCCUUUAAUUGGGCCCCCUUCCUCUUUCCUGGAGAUAUUGGAUGAAAUUAUUGGAUAUUCCUGCGUGUUAAAAGGAUCGGCGCAGUUCAUCGCUGGCACAGCAACUUGGGGCAAACAGGCAGUUUUUCACCUGCUAGCCGCCGCAAGAUUCAGGUUGAGAGAGCUGAGGCUGCCCAACUUCCAACAACUAUUGCAUGAGUUGCAUUUCAUCAGCCCUGUUCAUCGUCAUCGACGCUCAGAGGAUGAUGUGAAGCCGUCUGCACAAACGUCCCAACUCUUUCUCAGGAAGUGCAGCUAAAAAAUAAGCGCCGACGAAUAUGUCCAUCGCCAGCACACCCACGAGCAACGAUGCCUGCCUGAGCAUUGUGCACAGCCUGAUGUGUCACCGGCAGGGCGGCGAGAGUGAGACGUUUGCAAAACGGGCCAUCGAGAGCCUAGUGAAGAAGCUGAAGGAGAAGAAAGAUGAGCUGGACUCCCUCAUCACCGCCAUCACCACAAACGGCGCCCACCCAAGCAAGUGUGUGACCAUCCAGAGGACUCUGGACGGACGGCUGCAGGUUGCUGGACGUAAAGGCUUCCCUCAUGUCAUCUACGCCCGGCUGUGGCGAUGGCCGGACUUGCACAAGAAUGAACUGAAGCACGUGAAAUACUGCCAGUUCGCCUUUGAUUUGAAGUGCGACAGCGUGUGCGUCAACCCCUACCACUAUGAACGAGUGGUGUCUCCUGGUAUAGACCUUUCUGGGCUCACCCUAACCGGCUCUGGGCCCAGCUCGUCGCUGAUCGUAAAGGAUGAGUACGACUUUGACGGGCCUCCAAGUCUCCCCUCUGUGGAUGGUGGACACUCUCUCCAGACCAUCCAGCACCCCCCAUCCAGCAGUCGCCCACCUCAGUCAGAAUCCUACCCGCCCCCCGGCCUGCUCCCGCCCUCUGAGGCGGCCCCCUCUGCCUCAUCACAGUCCUUUCCCGCCAUCCCUGCAGGAUCAGGCAGUGCCAGCUCCAACUGGUCCAGGAACAGCGGUUUCCCCCCUAGCAUACCUCACCACACCAACGGUCACCUGCAGCACCACCCCCCAAUGCCCCAUCCAGCACACUACUGGCCAGUACACAACGAGCUCGCCUUUCAGCCUCCUAUAUCCAAUCACCCAGCGCCUGACUACUGGUGCUCCAUCGCUUAUUUUGAGAUGGACGUUCAGGUUGGGGAGACGUUUAAAGUGCCGUCCUCCUGCCCCAUUGUAACGGUGGACGGCUAUGUGGACCCUUCAGGAGGGGAUCGGUUCUGUUUGGGCCAACUCAGCAACGUCCAUCGCACUGAGGCUAUUGAGAGAGCAAGGCUUCACAUCGGUAAAGGAGUCCAGUUGGAGUGUAAAGGCGAGGGAGACGUGUGGGUGCGAUGCCUCAGUGACCACGCCGUGUUUGUUCAGAGCUACUACCUGGACAGAGAAGCUGGCCGAGCCCCAGGAGACGCCGUUCACAAAAUCUACCCAAGUGCUUACAUCAAGGUGUUUGACCUGCGUCAGUGCCACAGACAGAUGCAGCAGCAGGCCGCCACGGCUCAGGCGGCGGCAGCUGCACAAGCUGCUGCCGUGGCGGGGAACAUCCCUGGUCCUGGAUCAGUGGGAGGAAUAGCUCCAGCUAUUAGUCUCUCUGCGGCAGCUGGCAUCGGGGUGGACGACCUCCGACGGCUCUGCAUUCUCAGGAUGAGUUUUGUUAAGGGCUGGGGGCCUGACUACCCCCGGCAGAGCAUCAAGGAGACCCCUUGCUGGAUUGAAAUCCAUCUGCACAGAGCUCUGCAGCUACUGGACGAGGUUCUUCAUACUAUGCCUAUAGCAGACCCCCAGCCUCUGGACUGAGAGCUGUCUGACAGCGGUUUCUCACCUGAGAAGUCUUCCUCAGUGGAUUCUAGAGUGUAGAAACAUCAAAAAUCGAAAAUAAAAUCCAUGUUUUCAGGUGUAUCUGUGCACUGUGGCUCCAGCUGUCGCUCGUGGCACGAACGGAAGCAGAAGCCAUCUAUUAAAACUAUGUUUAAACAUUUAAUGCAUGGCUUUAAUUUUAGGACUCUUUGUCACAGAUAAUUAAACUUAUAUAUCAAGAUGCACAUAAAGGAGCAGAUUGUUUGAAACUGGAACAUCAGCUACUGACCUCCAGUAACCUCACUGAUCUACACAGGAGCUACGUAGCUUUUUUUUUUUUCUCUACUGUCAGUUUUACAGAAGGCUUUAACCUGGAGCUAAAAACAUGGAGAUCAUGUCGAUCACUGCCUGUCAGAAACGGGUAGACGUCUAAAACAAUCGCCUCUUAUCUGAUGCAGUGUCUCAGCCUGUGGAGCUGGGACAUGCCUGGACAUGUACAGGUCAGCCCCAAAGCGUUUUAGUUUUUUUAACUUCAGGACUCCAAAAACAGGAGGUCUUCUGUUAGAGAAGAUAAGGAACUGAAUUUGGUGGUUUUGAUGCAUCUAAUGUUUCUUGCUAAAGUAUUCAUGCUAGGCUUCUUUGUUUUUUACACUUGGUUUGGUUGCAGCCAUACAUGACCAUUUUAUAUGGACAUUUUAUGAGGAGCAAAAAGGAUCUCUGAUUAAAAAUCCCAUUCUAAAUGUAGAAGUUGCCUUACGUAUGUUCAUAUUUGGUCAAAUCAAUACAAAAUUGGUUAUUUUAUAACAUAUUUUCCUCCACUUUCACUAGCUUCCAUGCAUGCUGCAAAAAUAUCCUCUUAUGGCUUCUUUCAGUUAUGUUUCUUCUUCCCACUCUUCCAUAAAACCUGAAAGGAGACAGUCCAGCUGUCUCAGAAAACCCUCCAGUUACCAUGUCUGAUUAUUGCUCUCCUUACAGGGUGUGCUACUUUAGAUGGACUAACACGUCUUCAUAGGUGUGCCAUACCCCAUCCCGUUUUUAUCUAAAAAUCUACAGACCUGCUUUAAAAGUCUCCACAACAAGUGAUUUUCUGUGUCUCUAUCUGCAUGAUGCUGUUUGUUUCCCAACCAGAUUCGUUCUCACUAACGAAGUGGUUUUAGUCAGCAGUCCCUUCCACUGAGUGUUAAUGAAGGGUAUCAGAGUAAAUGGGGCUGAAUAUGAAUGCAAUCUUUUUUUAAUGUAAAAUAUGAUGCACUUGUUUGCCGGACUUUGCUGGAAACCAUUCGUGGUUGCAACAUGAAAAAUGUGGAGAAGUCCAGGGGGUGUGAAUACAUUUGCAAGUUGCUUUAACUACAGCAUUCAGAUUGUGUCCCUAAAAAUUGAGCGGAAUCAGAAUCCCAGAAACUAGUGUUAAAGCGUUUGUUUUCAUACCACCCUCCCUACAGGAGGAGGACUUUUCUCUGUUCGAUAGAAGUCAGGAAAAGGUGAGGCCGAUUUUGAUCUCGGUACAAAGAUGAAGGUUUAUCUGUGUUUACACCAGAUGGAACCGUUUGAGGAAAAAAACAAAUCAUGAGUAAACAGACAGAGGAAAAGUCCAGCAAUACUGCUUUUAAUCUUCCUGUCUCCGGUCAUAUCUGACACCUGAUAGGAAUCCUUCAGAGAUCACGCUGCACUCAGCCUUCAUACUUUAUGCUCCAGGGUUUUUCCGAGAGGUUUAUUCAGUGCCUAGGAAUAAACAUAUUUUUUAUUUUCAUACUUUUUCUGGUUGAUUUAUUUGUAGCACUUUAGCUUGGACUAAAGCAGUGAAUAAUUUCAGUGCAAGUUAGAGUUAAGAGAGAACGUGGUGUUCAGGUCAAUCAAUAUGAAACACUAAGACACCUUUUGGGGUUUCAUUCGCUCUCUUCACAUUAAGCAUUCAUACAUCUUUCAAUCUUUUUUUCUUUCAAUGUCCUCCAUAGAUCUAUGUGUAUACCUGUGUUGUCUAGAUUUAUAUACAAGUUCUCAUCUACAGGCCAGCAGAAUUGAAGCCUGCUGUGUGUUAAUGUUGGCGUCCUCACAGGCAGAGGGCAGAAGAAGAAACAGCCAGACCAUUUUCCAACUUCUAAUUCUGACCCUUUUUUUUAUCCUUUGCAAAGUCAAUUUUUCUUCUUCAAUCUUUUGCAAGUGUCAAAUAUGCCGCAAUUCAAGGCUUAUAGUCAUGUAAAUUAUAAAUGAUCAUGAUAAUGGUAAAAUUCAUAAAUAUGUUUUAAUUAUUUAAAUUUCCUCUGAUUUAAAACACACAAAAAAAGAUUAAGUUAUGUUUUUCCAUGAGCAAAGACUUUGAUUGGAACAGACUGGAUUUGGGUUUUAAACGACUUCUGUCUAUGAUCUCCAUUUUUUUUUUUUUUUUAAUCUUAUUACAAUGGUCACAUAAAUUAUUUAUGGCCUGUGGCACUUUUGGCCUUUGAGGUUUCCUGUCGUUUGCUGUGUUUCGAUCAGUUGACGUGGAUGUGACCUUUUUGAGGGUUUGUCGGAUGGAAACUAGUCGCUGUAACUUUUAGACGUGUCGUUUGGAAAGUGUGUCUCAGUCUUGAUGGUUGGUCAUGUGGCGCUGCAGGAGGCGACGCGUUUUCUGGUUCACAGCAGAAAACUUCAGUCCGAUUUAACUCUAAACUGCUUUUAAGGUGGAAAAAUGUUUUUUUUUUUUUUUAUAUGACUUGGCGUUAUUGUAGCAGCCAAAAGACUGCUCUGGUGUGUAAAUGUUGACUACUAUUACUGAUUGAAUUUUACCUGUAUUUCUCAUGUGAGACUCUACAAUUAAAUAUGGACGGCUAUU